AUGGCUGAUUUGUUUGCAAAAUUCAAUUGCACUUAUUGCCAAGAAGAUAUAAAUGGAUUACGGGUAAAAUGCGUUGAUUGUUCAGAGUUUGAACUAUGCUUGCAGUGUUUUUCUGCUGGAGCUGAAAUCGGACCCCACAAGAAUGACCAUGCUUAUCAAUUGGUGAAUUCUGAAGCAGUUGGAUUAACUUUUGGUAAAAGUCAAUGGACAGCUAGAGAAGAGUUACAUCUUUUAGAUGCAAUAGAGUUGUAUGGUUUUGGCAAUUGGGAAGAUAUAAGCAAGCACAUAGAAACAAGGAGUUCAGAGGAAGCCAAAGAUGAAUACAUUAAUAGAUACUUGGAUGGUAACAUUGGAAGAUUGACAUGGCCUACAGCUGCUAACCUUAGGCCAAAUUUAAGUGAUACUUCUAAUUAUGACAAGGGUCCAUUAUCUCCUUCACUUUCAAGUCGUCUUUUGCCAUUGGAUGUCACUCCAGAAAGAGCUGCACAAUUGGGUUAUAUGCCACUUAGGGAUGAUUUUGAAAGAGAAUAUGAUAAUGAUGCAGAAUCAUUAGUAUCAUCUUUAUUUAUAAGUGAAACAGAGGAUGAAGACUUGGAUGUUGCUCUCAAGUUGGUUCAUGUGGACAUGUAUAUUCAUAGAUUAAGAGAAAGAGCACGUAGGAAAAGAGUUGGACGAGAUUAUCAGUUAGUUUCAAAUUUUUUUAAUUCAGGAUCUAAGAAAGACAAAUGUUUUAAUAAAAAAAAAUUGACAAAAGAAGAAAAAGAAUUUCACGAUGGGAUGAGAGCUUUUUGUCAGUUUCACACAGCUCAAGAGCAUGAACAGUUUUUACAAAAUAUGCAAAGGGAACAAGAAUUGAAAAUAAGAUUGACAGAGUUAUUUAGGUAUAGGAGAAACGGAUUGACUCGUCACGAGGAAUGUGCACAUUUUGAACAAGAAUUAUAUUACCAACAAGAGUUGUACAAAGAAAAACAAAAUUCUUUGGAUAGCAGUGGAUUGAAUCAAAUAGAUCAACCACAGAUAACAACACUACUAAGAAGCAAAGAAAAAAGCGAAGAACACGCCUUAUAUUCCAUCGCAAGAAAGUCCAUAUUAAAAAAUUUGGGCAGCCAGUUUCGGAUUAAUGGAAACGCUAAUAACGAUGGAAAUCCUUCCGAAGAAGUUAAUAAUACUUCUCAGGUUUUACUUACCGUGAGCGAAAUUCAGCUGUGCAAUUUAUUAGACGUAUCACCUUCGGAGUACUUGACAUUAAAAGGAGUUCUUAUUAAAGACUCUUCCGAGACCGGAGAUUACACACCUUUAGAAAAUCAAGUGAAAAUUUUUCUAGAAAGCAAAGGAUGGCUUUACGGUAAUUUACCUACCGAUGUAAUUUCUUCGUGA